AUGAAUUCAAUAUUUUAUCUACUGGUUUUAUUUUCUGUUGUAACGAGAUCUAUAAUAUUAAAGCAUUCAAACAAUUCUACAUUAUCACAUUAUUGUAGAGUACAUUCAGAAGUUCAUUCACACGAAGGAGUUAUUAAUGUUCGAGUGAGCGAAAUUUAAAAAAAAACAAAGUUGGCAUUUGACGUUCCUAGAAAAAAGUAGCAGCUAACUUCUCUGAAAUGCUUACAAGAAAAAAAGAAAGAGAAAACUUGAGUCCAAGAAAUGAAAAAUUCAUGUAUCAAAGGAAGUGAUGAAAACAAAGUUUUUACGUCUAUUUUCUUUUUGAUCCUGAGAAUGAAAAUUGAAUUCAGAAUUUUUCAGAGAAUUACGUCUGAAAAUAAAUAUACAAUCAUUGUUUCAGGAGGUCAAAUCAUACAACUCGAAAGAUAACUGCUAUCAACUAAACAAAACCUUCUCAUCCAAAGGUUUAUUUUUCACAUGUUCUACAAAUCAAUGCGGAAAACAACAUUUUCUAGAGAUUCCUUGUAAAGAAUAUGAUAAUUCUAAAUGCCUCAAAACCUAA